UGUUUCCGGAAGUGCUCGGCGCGGGCAGAGCCGGGUUCAGGACGCUGCAGAGCGGGGCUCCGGCCGGGCUGGUGCGGGCUGCGGGGAUGGAGAUCAUCAGGAGCAAUUUUAAGGAUAACCUAAAUAAAGUGUAUGAAGCCAUCGAGGAAGCAGACUUUUUGGCUAUUGAUGGCGAAUUUUCAGGAAUCAGUGAUGGGCCAUCUGUUAGCACAUUAACCAAUGGCUUUGACACACCAGAAGAAAGGUAUCAAAAACUUAAAAAGCAUUCCAUGGAUUUCUUGCUUUUUCAGUUUGGCCUUUGUAGUUUUAAAUCUGACCACACAGAAGCUAAAUAUAUAAUGAAAUCAUUUAACUUCUAUAUUUUUCCAAAACCCUUCAAUAGAAGUUCACCAGAUGUCAAGUUUGUCUGUCAGAGUUCAAGUAUAGACUUUUUAGCAAACCAAGGUUUUGAUUUUAAUAAAGUUUUUCGUAAUGGAAUCCCAUAUUUAAAUCAGGAAGAGGAAAGACAAUUACGGGAGCAGUAUGAUGAAAAACGUUCUCAGGCAAAUGGUGCAGGGACCCUAUCGUACAUUUCCCCUAAUGCCACAAAGUGUCCUGUGACUAUUCCUGAGGAUCAGAAAAAAUUCAUUGAGAGAGUGGUGGAGCAAAUAGAAGAUUUGAUACAGAAUGAAGAAAACAAGAGUUUGCAGUUGGAGCCGUGCACAGGAUUUCAGAGGAAACUAAUUUAUCAGACCUUGAGCUGGAAGUAUCCAAAAGGUAUCCAUGUUGAAACUCUGGAGACCGAGAAGAAGGAAAGAUACAUUGUUAUUAGCAAGGUAGAUGAAGAAGAGCGCAAAAAAAGAGAACAGCAGAAACAAGCAAAAGAACAGGAAGAACUCAGUGAUGCAGUGGGAUUUUCCAGAGUCAUUCAUGCCAUUGCUAAUUCUGGCAAACUUGUUGUUGGACACAACAUGCUACUGGAUGUCAUGCACACGAUCCACCAGUUUUACUGUCCCCUACCUGAAGACCUAAGUGAGUUUAAGGAGUUAGUGGCAUGUGUCUUUCCCAGACUAUUGGACACUAAACUGAUGGCAAGUACGCAACCUUUUAAGGAAAUUAUUAACAACACAUCCCUUGCAGAACUGGAAAAGCGUUUAAAAAAGAUUCCAUUCAACCCUCCUGAAGUUGAAAGUGCAGAAGGGUUUCCAAGUUAUGACACAGCUUCUGAACAACUUCAUGAAGCAGGCUAUGAUGCUUACAUAACAGGACUGUGUUUCAUCUCCAUGGCUAACUACCUAGGUUCAUUUCUCAGUCCUCCGAAAGAUCAUGUAUCUGCUAGAUCAAAACUCAUUGAACCCUUUUUUAACAAGUUAUUUCUUAUGAGGGUAAUGGACAUACCAUAUCUCAAUUUGGAAGGACCAGACUUGCAGCCAAAACGAGACCAUGUUCUUCAUGUUACAUUUCCCAAAGAGUGGAAGACUAGUGAUCUUUACCAGCUUUUCAGUGCCUUUGGAGGAGUAAGCGGAGUCGACGGGGGAGCCGCGGCAGUCAACUCGCCGCUGGGAGGACAGCCAGGUAACAUUCUGGUAUCUUGGAUUGAUGAUACAUCAGCAUUUGUGUCACUUAGCCAGCCAGAACAAGUACAAAUAGCUGUAAACACCAGCAGGUAUGCUGAAAGUUAUAGGAUCCAGACCUAUGCAGAAUAUGUUGAGAAAAAACAUGAAGAGAAACAGGCAAAAAGAAAGUGGACAGAAGAUAGUUGGAAGGAGAUGGAGAGAAAGCGGUUAAAAACGCAAUACACACCAUACAUUCCCCAGAGUCGGUACUACUGUGUUAACAGUUUUACAGCUACCAGCACAAUGGGGAAAAGAAGUAUGAGUCCUAUUCAAGAGGAAACUGGCUCUGAUGAUAUAGAAGAGAGAGAAAUCCAAGACACAGAGCUUGAUGAAACAGAUUGCUGUGCAGAGUCUGUUCCAGAGGGAAGGAAGAGAGCCAAAAAGUUCAAAAAAGUCAAGGAGCAAGAUCCAACAGGAAGCAUCACAAGUGGUUCCACAGAACUCUUUGACGUUCCUGACUCGUGGUAGCCAACAUCUGUAUUAAUAAAAAGUGACGCUGAUUCAAAGCAAUUGCAAGAGUAUACCACUUGGAAGCCAUACUUAAUUUAAAUAAAAAGUGGUGUUAAAGAAGUAUGUCUCCUGAAAAUCAGUUUAAUUUUUUAAACUGUCUACUGAACAAUCACUGUCAGUUUUACUCGUGUAUUAACUAGUUUACAAUUCUGUCUGUUGAUCAUGUGAAAUCUUUGCUGUCAUAAACAAUGUUAGAUUUAAGAAGGCUAAAUGUGUUUUGGUCACCUAUUAUGGCAUGUUGGCUAUGAAAUACACAAAAAGAAUCAGCACUAUUAUGAAUUUUGUUAGGCUGUUUCCUGUGCUUGAGGGGAGUUAUCACACAAGUCUUCUCAUCAGAUGUUCGGACAAUAUGAGUACACUAUCAGUAGUCCUGAACAGGUAAACCUCAGUAUCGGUUACUGCUUUCUACCAGUUACCCUGGAAACCUUACAGUGUUUGUCCUUUUUCCCCAGUAGGAAGACUUCAGCCAGUAUCUGUCUGGAAACUAAUCCUACACAUAUACUAUCCUUUUGUCCUCUUGGAAAAAUUUAACUUAUACUUUCCUUAAAAAAAUAGAAAGAGAGA